CGGGUGGAGCCCUGAGGGGGGACUGAUGAGCAUACUGGCCAGGCAUCACUUGGUCCCUCCUUCUCUGUUUUUACUCCUUCUGUUUGUCGCCUCCACUAUGGGCUGCCUUCAAAGCAUCGCCUGCAAGCCCCGCAUCAGACGGGAGAACAUCGUGGUGUACGAGGUGUCUGCCUCUAUUGACCAGUGUCCUACAAUCAUAGAGGAGAACUCACCGAUUGUGCUCCGUUAUAAGACACCCUACUUCAGGGCCUCAGCAGGAGUUGUGAUGCCGCCGGUGCCCCGCAAUGAGACCUGGGUGGUGGGCUGGAUCCAGGCCUGUACCCAGAUGGAGUUCUACAACACCUAUGGUGAUAUUGGCAUGUCUAGCUGGGAGCUACCAGAGCUGCGAGAGGGUCGGGUGAAGGCCAUCAGCGAUUCAGAUGGCGUCAGCUACCCUUGGUAUGGCAACACCACGGAGACGGUGACCCUGACCGGCCCCACGUCCAAACCAUCUCGGCUGACGGUCAGCAUGAAUGACAACUUCUACCCCAGCGUGACCUGGGCAGUCCCCAUCAGCAACAGCAACACCCCAAUGCUGACCCACAUCACCCGGGACCAGAGCUUCAUCACCUGGCUAGUGGCCAUGAACUCUGUCACCAAGGAGCGCAUUGUGUUGCAGACCGUGCGGUGGAGGAUGCGGGUUGACAUCGCCGUGGAUCCGGACAUGCCACUUGGCUCCCGAGCCUCGCUUGUCGGUCGACCGUACCAGGAGCAGCCGCACAUCCUCAACUACCAGGAGCCCAUCCCUCCCAACGCUCUAGGAAGGCCAAAUGCCAACGACGCCCAAGUGCUGAUGUGGAGGCCGCGUAGAGGGGCACCGCUUGUGGUCAUACCGCCAAAAUAGGAGGGGGUGAAAUCUCUGCACAGACAAAAGCAUAGGUGCUCCCUUUAAGGAAAAAGGGAGGACGAAGUGGUCACAGUGCCCGCUGGUGUCCUUGCAGCUCCUAAUCUCUAAAGGACUGAAGUGGACUGUUACCUUAAGCCAAAGCGAAGGUUGAAUCUUGAAUCUGACACAGCAGUCAGAAGAAAACACCACAGUUUGUCCUCCAGGACCUUGAGCGACAUCAAGGCUUGUCUAAACCCCACCGGCCCCCGAUAAGUUUUGAACUGCAUAUUUAUCUCUGCCUGCAUUUUUAGCAAAGUACAAACCCAGUUUUUAGACGUACCACAGAGGUAUUAGUCAACAACAAGAACUGCAUCCCGCAUCCUUAUGUAGACCUUAUUGCAUGAGAGUGAGGAGACUGAAAAAAAAGAAGAAGAAAAAAACUGUUCUUAUAGAAGUUUAAGAGCAGCAGUUUGUUUUGUAUAACUUGAUACCUGAAGACAUUUUGAUUGACAAGUCAGCCAAAAUACGAUGCGGGCUGGUUUGACCUCAUCGGUGCCAACAAAGGCCUUCAGCACACCCAGUACUGCUAUUAAAGGAUGUACUCAGAUCAGUUCAAGGAAUCUUAAGUAUUGUAUGAGUAUUUUUAGGUUUAAGAUUAAAACCCAUGCAUCCAUCAGAUUGUAUUGAGAGCAGCCACGUGGAAGGGGAACACUACUGCUACCGUUUUCACAGGAGUCCUCUAUCUCUUCUGGCAUAUUUUCGCCUCUUUUGUGCAGCUGAUAUACUGUAUUUCAAUGGGUGUCGGAUGGCUUUAAAGAUGAGCUGGAUCUCUUCAUGCAUUAAAUAAGAAAAAAAAAACAAUAAAAACAA